AUGGCCCCACCAACAGCCAAACCUCCCAUUGCAACCUGCUUCGGAUGUCCCGUGCAGGUCCUCGCCGUGGGACUGCCUCAGUGCGCGACGACAUCUCUAAUAGAAGCCUUCGAGAGUCCUCACCUUCUUGACAUCGGUCCGACGAUGCACAUAGGUCGUUGUCUCCCGUUGCCGCCGAACCUGCGCUUCAUAUGGGAGGCCUUGCAGGAGGGAGACACGCAGAGACGCCGCGCCAUCCUGUAUAAACUCUUUGCAGGGUGUGCCGCGACUGCAGAUUUCCCGGGCCAUCUGUUCCUAGAGGACCUCAUUGAGAUGUACCCUGACGCCAGGGUCGUGUUGGUCGUCCACAGAGGUGGUGGUGGUGGUGGUGGUGGUGGUGCUGCUGCUGCUGGCGAAGAAUGGGCCGCUAGCCUAAAGGCGAGGAUCGCCCCCUUCAUGAGUUGGGGAUACCGCGUUGCUUGUUUCUGGAGCGUACCUGACCAGUGGCACCGUUCGUGUCUGCUGGAAUGGCAACGCUUUGUUGGCGAGAAAUUCGGUGUCGAUUCCGUCUGGAGUAAGGACUUAUACGACACUCACAACCAGUGGGUGCUCGAUGUUUGUCGAAGGAAGGGGAAACAGAUGCUGAUUUGGGAACCGGGUAUGGGCUGGGCGCCGUUGUGCGAGUUUCUGGGCAGGAAGGAGCCUGAAGUCGCCAUACCCAUAACCGACGUCGAGCAAGAAGAUAUGGAAAGUGUUGUACAAAGGAGAAUGCGUCUCGGGUUGAAGCUGUGGAUGAGGAAGGUUGCCGUGCCGAUUGCGUUAUUUGUCCUUGGUGGAUGGGCAAUCCGGAGGGCGCUUAAUCUGCGGCUCACUCUGUAA